AUGGAGGCGGACGGUUUCGUGUCGCCGCGGAGUACCCUGGAUUCACGGGUCGUCGACAGGCGAAUGACGGGCUCUGCAGCCGGGACGGGGUUUGGGAUUCUGGGCGGCAGGCUCAUUGAUGCUACGGGGGAAUUAGUCGGGUCUUUUCCGUCGAGAAUGACAGGAAAGCGGGACUAUGUCUCGGUGUCGCACCGGACAGCUGCGGAGCCCUCGACCUCUGCGGAUCCAGAAAUAGACUACGAAGGGCUUCCUCAAGGUGCCGCCACCGGGACACACAUGCUGGCAGGAGCCGUGGCUGGAACCAUGGAGCACUGCCUUAUGUACCCCGUCGACUGCGUCAAGACUCGCAUGCAGAGCCUGCAGCCAGAUCCAGGAGCACGCUACAGGAACGUGAUGGACGCCCUGCGUCAGAUUGUACGAACCGAGGGGGUGUGGCGACCAAUCAGGGGUGUGAACGUGCUGGCGGUGGGGGCGGGGCCUGCCCAUGCUCUUUACUUUGCUUGCUACGAGAAAAUCAAGUUCUCUCUCAGCGGUGCGAUUCACCCCGGCACCAACAGCCACGUUGCAAACGGAGUGGCAGGCUGUGCAGCCACCGUCCUGCACGACGCCAUCAUGAACCCAGCUGAAGUGGUAAAGCAGCGUAUGCAGAUGUUCAAGUCUCCUUAUCGUGGUGUUUUGGACUGUAUGGGAUCUUUACUGAGACGUGAGGGCCCUGCAGCCUUUUACCGCAGCUACACCACCCAGCUGACGAUGAACGUGCCCUUCCAGGCGCUCCACUUCAUGACCUACGAGUACCUCCAGGAGCUCCUCAACCCUCACAGACAGUACAACCCUUCCUCCCACGUUGUGUCUGGUGCACUUGCUGGAGCCCUGGCGGCUGCUGCCACCACUCCCCUUGACGUCUGCAAGACCCUCCUCAACACCCAGGAGGCUCUGGCUGUCCAUGUGGUCCAUGCCGGGGCAGCAGGCGGAGCGGUUGGAGCAGCUGCGGCUGUGGGCCCUGACGGUCGCCACAUUUCUGGCCUAGGUGAGGCUUUUCGGACUGUGUACAGGAUGGGAGGGACGCCAGCCUUCUUUAAAGGCGUCCAGGCCAGAGUCAUCUACCAGAUGCCCUCCACGGCCAUCAGCUGGUCCGUGUACGAGUUCUUCAAAAACAUCAUCACCAAGCACCAAUACGAAAAACGACUCUGUGGAGACGGAGAUAAAUGA